GGCAUCUGCGCGUGCUUACGCUGUCCACGGCACUUUUCUUUUUCUAUUACGGGCACUUUGGCACCCGCUCCUGAACUUUGGCACUACGCAAUAAGCUGCUUUUCUCCCACCACCUGAGGUUGUAAGGUACAAGGACGAGAGAGCUGGGCUGACAAACAACGAGGAAAAUGCGCAAAUGAAGCAGAGAAGCGGCCGUCGGCAGCAGCAGUCGGUUCCUUUUGCAGAGGUCAAGAGGGAUUUCAUGACAUGGAUCUGGAUAUUUUCAGGAUGGCACGCUCCCUCAACCAAUGGCUCUGGCGGCAUGAAUUCUGGCUCCCUCCUGGAAUCACCUGGGAGGACAUGAAGGAGUCUGAAGAUAUCCAUUACCCUCAGCCUCAUGAUCUCCUGCUCAGCAUCCCGUUCGCCUUAAUCUUGAUUGUCAUUCGGUAUUUCUUUGAAAGAACCAUAGCCCUGCCCCUCAGUGGCAAACUGGGUGUGCGGGACAAGCUGAGACCAAAAGCUCAGCCCAACCCCGUGCUGGAAACAUUCUACACUACGCACUGCAAGAACCCAAAAGAGGGUGAGCUGAUCAAUUUAGCCAAACAAUGCAACCUGCCAGUCAGAAAAGUGGAGAGGUGGUUUCGGCGCCGGAGGAACACAGACCGACCGAGCUUAUCGAAAAAAUUCUGUGAGGCCUGCUGGAGGUUUAUAUUUUACAUCAUUUCUUUCUUCACUGGACUUGCUGUUCUGUAUGAUAAGCCUUGGCUUUGGGACCAUAGAGAGUGCUGGACAGGAUAUCCACAACAGCCUCUCCAGCCAUCUCUAUUCUGGUACUACUUGUUGGAGCUCUCCUUCUACUGCUCGCUUGUCUUCACCCUGCCCUUUGAUGUGAAGAGGAAGGACUUCAAGGAGCAGAUAGUCCAUCACGCUGCAACCAUCUUCCUCAUCAGUUUCUCGUACUGUGCCAAUUACAUCCGCAUUGGGACACUGGUGAUGGUGAUUCACGAUGCGUCCGAUUGCUUCCUAGAGCCAACUAAGAUACUCAAUUAUAUGAAAUGGAAAAAAACUUGUAACUGCCUCUUCAUGAUCUUCUCAGCUGUUUUCCUCAUCAGCCGUCUGGUCAUCUACCCCUACACAGUACUCUAUAACACCUACUAUUACUCCAUGGAGAUAUUCCAGCCCUUCUUYGGAUACUACUUUGUGAAUGUUCUUCUGAUGACUCUGCAGCUGCUCCAUGUCUUCUGGUCCUGCCUAAUUAUUCACAUGGUCUACAAGUUCAUGCUCCAGGGCACGAUGGAGAAGGAUAUGAGAAGUGACACAGAUGAAAGUGACAAGGAUGAAGAAACAGAAAAGGUUCAAGAAAAGGAGAAGAACGGGAUCACGCAUUUCAACAACAUCACAAGCAAGAAUUGUAUCCAGAGAAAUGGAUCCCAGCAGCAGAACAGGAGAACUCAUCUCACCAAUGGCCAUGCCAAGGACAGAUAGCUACCGUUCAGCUGAAUCCAGUCAAUCGUCCUUAGAAACAGUUUUGCUCAUUGUGUAGAUAAAAAGGAAUGCAACUGUAGUAUCAUAGCUGAACUCCUGCUUCCUGUAAACAGAAGUGUAUGUGGGUACCGAUAUUUGAAGGAUAUUUUUGGUCUUUCUCCAAUAAAAGUUUUCUAUGGGUUUUAGCCUUGAAGCAGAUAGAAAGGGAUCAAAGUGAUUGGACCUGUAUUAGACAGUACCAUAGUUGUUGUUAAAUACGUUAAUCUUGAAAAUUACUCAGAAUAGUGGACAAACUCUGGCAAUUUCAAGUCUUAACUGCCUAAUGUUGUUUGGAAGGAAUUUAUUUAGCCCUGACCAACCUUUGGUGGUCCUGGUCUACUGCCACUAAUGAUUAUGGCUUGCAAGUAAGUGUGAGAAUCUAAAUGUUAAUAGCGGGACACCUCUUUUGCAAAGACUAGUGACCCGCCCAUUCUUUAAAGAACUAAAAAUGAGCAAAGUGGGGUAAAAGCUUUGGAAAGAGGUAGGAAAACACAUUUUCUUCUCAAAUGAAAUGCUGCUCUGUACCAUAUGAUCAGUUUUGAAAUGAUUUGGUUUUUAGUCCCUUCUGACAUCAGCCUUCUUCCUGCAAAAGUAGGAGCUCCAAAGCUCAGAYUGCAGAUAGUUCCCACUUAGAUCACAGUCCAAAGAGCUGGAAAAUCCAGAGAGUUGUGUCUCAACUGUCAGAUGAUCCGAAUGGAAGGGACAAGAAACCAGAUAUUCUAGUAGAAAACAUAGAUCAACUGUUCAUGUUUUCACCUGCUGUGAUGGGAGCAGUGGGAGAUCUCUAAUGAGUCAGCUUGUGGUUAGAAAGGAAUGGUUUCACCCCGCCCUCAGAGGAGAAAGGAUCCAGAGACCACUAGAGCUGCUGAACCUUAUGCUUUAACUUAGUCUUCUGACUCUAGGGCCUUUGCCUAGACUUGUCAAGAACAGGAAGAUUAAAGUGGUAGUCCAUGAAAGUCAUGAUGCAGCUCCUUUGGUGAUGAAAGGAUUCACCUCCUUUGAACAUACUGAAUGUAUCUUAAAUCCUGUGUAGCCUUGAGGCUGGAUCGUGUAACCCCUUGGAAGAGUUAAAUUAGUAUGACUUGAGUUGCUGUCUUAGAAACUAAACUAUAAACCCAAGGUAUUAAUGGGGUCACGGCCAUGUAGACACUUCCCGAUAUGUGCCCAGUAAGGGCCAGUGAUGACAGAGGAACAUGGACCAAGGAAAUACCCGAUUCAAUGAGGUGGGCACUUUCUUAAAAUUAAGAAGCAAAUGCCAGUCCGAAAGGACAAAAGGCAGCCAAGGGCUUCUCAGCAGUUCGCUGAGGUCACCUGAAUUGUGACCAGGAGAGAUGUUUGAUCCGAGUCUGUCUGUGCUCAUCUGAGGUUUCAGUCAAAAAGCACUGGGCGUUUUCAGAGGAAAAAG